GCCGGCGCGGAGGAGCGGGGCGCCGGUGGGCCGCGAGCCCGGGAGGCGGCGGGGCACCCGGUGGAAGGGUCCGGGCCGCGCUGAUCAUUGUCGCCCUGGGCUGCAGGCUCGAGCUCUGGGCGGAUUCGGGGUCUCCAGUACGUGGGAGACCCCGGCGGGGCUUUCCAGUUCCUCUCUCUUCUUUCUGCUUCGCCAGAGGAGUGUGAGCCCCUUGAACAGAGUUGCUCCAAGUGAGGUUUGUGGGAGAAUCUCGACUCCUCCGCAGACCUUUUGAAGCAGACUGUCGGUGCUGUGGCCUGGGUGCCUGCAGUUUCCUCAGCAUUCCUGAUGGUUUUGAUGUAGGUGUCUGGGGAAGCGAUGGAAGGCCACAAGGCAGAAGAGGUGCUAGAUAUUCUUCGCCUGAACGUGGGUGGCUGUAUUUACACGGCCCGGCGUGAGUCAUUGUGCCGCUUUAAAGACUCUAUGUUGGCGUCUAUGUUCAGUGGUCGCUUUCCUCUAAAAACAGAUGAGUCAGGGGCUUGUGUUAUUGACCGUGAUGGACAUCUAUUUAAAUACCUUUUGGAUUAUCUUCAUGGAGAAGUUCAGAUCCCCACAGAUGAGCAAACCCGCGUUGCCCUACAGGAAGAAGCUGAUUACUUUGGCAUCCCUUAUCCGUACAGCUUGUCUGACCACUUGGCCAAUGAAAUGGAGACAUAUUCUUUAAGGUCAAAUAUAGAACUUAAAAAGGCUUUAACAGACUUCUGUGAUUCAUAUGGUUUAGUUUGUAAUAAACCAACAGUUUGGGUUCUCCACUAUCUUAACACAUCUGGUGCAAGCUGCGAGAGUAGAAUUAUUGGUGUAUAUGGCACAAAAACUGAUGGAACAGAUGCUAUCGAUAAGCAGCUGGGAGGAAGAAUUCACAGUAAAAGCAUUUUUAAAAGAGAGGCUGGAAAUAACGUUCAAUACAUUUGGAGCUAUUAUUCAGUAGCAGAAUUGAAGAAAAUGAUGGAUGCCUUUGAUGCUUGGGAAGGAAAAGGUGUCAGCUACUGGCGGGUGCCUCAUGAGCUGAUAGAAUGCUGGACUCUGGAAGAGCGGCCUUUACUUGGAAGCCUGCGUCACAUGGCUCCCAUUCGAAAGAGGCGACUGGUAUCAUUCAAUGAAGAGGAAGAAGGAGGUGUAAACUGUAAGACUGGUCCUAAGCCGGUCAGAUUUUUGGGCCCUUCCACAAGUACCCAAAUUAAAGUCAAGAACUCAGCCUCAGUCAGAGUGUCUCCACCCAGUGCGGCUCUGCCAGCGACAAAUCGGUUUCAAGGUGGCAGCUGCAGAAAGGCAGCUCAGCUCUCUGCACUCCCAAAGGCCACUUCUCCUGUGGGGACGGGGGCACCUGGGUGUUCUCAGGCUCCCGAUGGGGCCAGGAGCACUGAGAAUGGAGGAACAUACCUGUCUCCAGCAAAGGUGCAGCUCUCCGACAAGAAGCUGACGCCACAUCGCGUGAUAAAGUUGAAGAGGACUCCGCUGUGUGCUGCCACAGCCUCCCCCACAGCCUCCACUGUGAGCAGGCAGGCCUGUGGCCCCGAGCCACCUGCACCUGCAGCUUCCAGUGUUGGGGAUGUGCAGACUGAGGAUGGGAAAGAGGAGGCUAAUGGAUAAGCUCGUGGACUUGAAACUCCUGUCCAUCUUCCAGAGCUUUCAACCUGUUUGUUACAAACAGGCGACACUGUUCCUUGAUGCGGUGGAGGGGAAAGCCUGUUUGUAGGCUUCUAAGUAUAAACAGAAAGCGAGGAGACUUUAAGUGGUUGGGGCUCUAUUUAUUUCUCAUUUUCCCAACUUUUAAAUGAUUAUUUGUCCACAGAGUUUGUAUUUCUGGUUUUUGUUUUUUUAAUGGUUAAUUCACACUAAGGCGACAAAACAGUACAACAAAAUAAUCACUAGAGAAGUCCACUCUACUUUGUUGCUGAAAUAAAUGUUCCUUAGUGCAGCCUGGGGAUAGGGGUGAUUUGGGCUUAGAUCUUCCUGCCUGGUGAAUUGAAAAGGGCAAAUUAGUACUUAGAAAGGGCAAAUUAGUGCUUCCUUCAGCUACAUCACAGCCAAGAGAGAAAAUGUACAUCUGGGGGAGUUGCCUGCAAGUUACCCUGGAAAGACUGCAUGAGAAGAAGUGAUGGGAAGGAAGAGAAGGUAGUGUGUUAAGAUCACACUUGGACUCUCACUUAAUAGAACUAUUUUCUUUCCUAGAUUGGGCUUUUCUUGCUCUUUUCUGUUAGCAGAUUUAUUUAUGAGCACCACAAGAUUUCUCAGGAUAAGAACAAUCUAACAUGCUUUUGGAAUGAAUUGUUAAAAUAUCUUAUUCAAUUUGAAUAUGAUGUUUUGAAAAUACUUUGAAGAAAAGUUAAACUUUUUAACUAAAGUUAGUAUUUGUUUUUCAGAAAUGACCAUUGACGAGUCCUUCUGAUUAUAAAAUACAUAUGAUUUUUAUGCAUAAGAUUUCCAUAUAAUUUGAAUUUAGUAUUUUUAAGCAGAAUAUUUUUAUUAAUUCUCUAUUUUUUCACGACUAUUCAGUUGUGCGUGUUUAUUCUCAAGUGUUAUGUUUUAUAAUUGAUCACAUGUUUCUAUUUUCAGUGAGCAGGAUGCCCUCACAUUUUAAAAAGUAAGUUCAUAUGGCAGGGUACUUUUUACUCAAAUGCUUAUCAUUGUACUUGCAUUGCUUUGAAAGAGUAAAGUAAAUAUACUCAAAACUUUUAACAAAAUAAAGUAAAACUUUUCCAUAAAAAGUGA